UGGUUAAUAUUGUGGUUGACUUGUGGUUGUUGUAGUCCGCUGAUCCUUCCCUCAUCAACAACACUACGGCGGCGUCAUGGGAAAACCUCGUGGACUUCGCACUGCCCGUAAGCAUCUGACCCACCGUCGUGUCCAGAGGUGGCACGACAAGGACUAUAAGAGGGCCCACUUGGGUACCCGUUGGAAGGCUAAUCCCUUCGGAGGAGCUUCCCAUGCUAAAGGCAUUGUUCUAGAAAAAAUUGGUAUUGAAGCCAAACAGCCAAACUCUGCCAUCCGUAAAUGUGUGCGUGUUCGUUGAUUAAAAUGGCAGAAGAUCUAUGCUUUGUCACCCGUGAGGGUUCCUGAACUACAUUGGGAGAAUGACGAGGUGUGGGCAGGUUGGUCGAAAGGGCAUGCCGUUGGUGAUAUUCCUGGUAUCCGAUUCAAGGUAGUGAAGGUUGCCAACGUAUCUCUACUUGCUCUAUACAAGGAGAAAAAGGAAAGGCCUCGCUCAUAAAUUCAUUUCAAUAAAAAAAAUUUAAACUA